AUGCUUUCAGACAUCAAACAAUUUGAACAAGAACAUAAAGAAGAAAUGAAACUUCUUUAAUAAAAGUAUGAAUAAAAGGUAUUCAAUUAUUCUAUUUCUAAUAAGAUAGACCUUUUAUCAUAAAAAAUUGACAUCUUAUAAAAAGAAUUAGAAGUUAAAGAUAAUAUUUAUUCAGAUCUUAAAAAUAGAUCUAUUUUAAAUGAGGAAUCUAAGAUUUAAAAAACUGAUGAAGAUGUUUAGGAUUUUGGUGCCACCAUCUAAAAGUUUCAUAAAUAAAAAGAAAGAGAAAUGAUGAAAAUUAAAAAAAAUUAUUAAAAGGAAUUAAUUCAUAAUUAGAAGUUAUUAAGAAAAAAAGAUGCGACUAUUGAACAACUAUAACAAGAAAUUUCAUAAUACAAAUAAGCAGCAUCAUAAAAUAUGGAUAAUCAAAAAAUUUUGUUGCUCUCCAAAUUAAUUGAUCUAGCAAAUGAAAUUCAUAAAUAACUCUGA